CCGGUAGAUGCUUCACUCCCUCCAUUCAUUUCAUUCGCACACAGUCGCAUCCCAGCAGCGAGCCCUCCCCUCCUGUUCGUCUCCGCCUGGAAACAUGGCUGCUCCGGUGGUGGUGGUGAGUAGCUCCGGCCCGGCGCUCUGCCCGAGCUUCGCGGAGGUCUGUUCGUUCCUGGAGCGCUACGGAGCCGCGCUGGAUCUGCCCGAGAUGACUUUUCCUCAGAUGGAGAGGUAUCUGCGGGACACGACGGCAGUGCCCAAACCUCUUGUGGAGCUCCACGUAAAGCUGCUCAGAAAACUGGGGAAGUCUGUGACUACAGACCGCUGGGAAAAAUAUCUUGCUAAGGUUUGCCAGGAGCUGAACAACACCUGGGCAUGGGAGCUGGAGCAGAAGGGCUACCAGGAGAUGUCCAUGGAGUGCAAGUCAAGUAUCCUGAAAUAUCUCUGCGAGUGUCAGUUCGAUGAGAACCUUAAGUUCAAGAUGGUGAUCAAUGAGGAGGAGCCGGAGAAGAUGCGUCUGCAGCCUCUAGGUCGGGACCGGCAGGGCCUGAUGUACUGGCUUCAGCUGGACCAGGAGCAGAAUAUACGGCUGUACACAGAGGAGCAGGACGAUCUGGAUGGAUCCACCUGGAAGUGCAUUGUCAGGACACGUAACGACCUGGCCGAUGCCCUGGAGCUGCUUAAGGCCCAGCUUGAUCCAAAGGAAAAAGAGAAUCCAGAUCAGGACCAGAACCAGAACCAGAACCAGGUCGAUCCAAAGAGCAACAGCCUCACAGAGAAAGAUGCAGGUAUUCUAGGUGAUGAGACCGUUGAAGGCACCAACCCAGAACCCUGCAAGAGCGCAGAGGAACACUCUGGUAUUAAGACGGAUGAUGCUGCAAUUGAAGAGGAUCCCUUGACACAAGCAGAGAUAAAGCCAGAGCAGGCGCACUCUAUAAAGCAGGAAAACACUGAAGCGGAGGUGAAAGAAGACAAGGACGACCACAAGCCGCCUGCAUUUGACAACCGUGUCAGCACCAUCACCACCAUCGUCAAAUCAGAGUCCAGGGACACGGACGCCCCCAAAAAUGCUGUGUCUGUCGUCAUAACACCUGGUGCACCUGUGGCGAAGCAGGAACUGAACAAGGAGGAGGAGGCCGAGCGGGCAGUAGUCAGAAGCAGUCAGCAAGCGAAGAUACCGCUGAAGAAGAGGGAGCUUAAGCUAGCCGAGAGCUACCACAGCAACCACCUGAACAACAGUAACAGCAGUAGUAUCAUUGUUUGUAAUCCCUCAGUGAUACAGACCAAAGACAGAGAGGGGAAGCUGUCUAACUCAUUAGUGCCCCCUAGUGGUCCAGCUGCCUCACAACUGCAGCAGCAGCUAGUGGUCACUGCGUCGAAGCAGGAACUGACCAAUGGGAGAGCGUCUCUCCUCCUGCCUCACAAAGAGGGGCAAAACGGAGUCAUAGGAGUCAUCGGUCAAGUCGGUGUUAUUGGUCAUGUAGGCGUAAUCCGCAGCCCGUCAGAGCUUCACAGGGCGCUUCCCUGUGCCGAGAAACAGGAGCAAAAUGGGCCUAAUUCCGAGCACCAGGGCUUCAGAGCUGCGGAGGACGAGAGGGAGGCGAGUCGGCAGUCAGUGCUGGUCAGAAAGGGACCUUCUGAAGGGGAGACAGCAGCAGCCUCCAGCACACUUCCUCCUCAUGCACCACUGGAUGCUCAAACGGCAACAAAGCCGCCGUUGAUAUCCUUAAAAUCUGAACAGCUACCUGGAACUGUAGAGGGGAAAGUGGAUUCUGUGUGUGUUUCCCCGUUGUCUCAGUCCACAUGGGAACUGAAAGGACAGACGGCAGACGAAAAAGACAAAAGGACGACAGAGGAGCAGUUAGAGGCGGGGACGGAAACUGAGAAACAGCAGAAAGAUGAUGACCUGGACGAGAAGGACGGUAGGACAACAGUUGACCUUGAAAAAAAUAAAAGCACUUUAGAAAAGUUCAAGGAAGAAUCGGAGAGCGGUGUUCCUCCUCUAAAGUCAGACCAGCUUGAUAAAACGGACCAACAAGGAGAUGCAGUCAAUGGCGGGGUGGCAGCCUCGUGUAGUGAGAAGGACACUGAGCUUGUAUCAGAGCAGAAGAAGGGUCCCCUUGAGGAGGCCUCCUCUGAGCUCCAAAAAGAAGGAAUCAGGUUGAAGAUCAAGAUUCCUCCACAUCGGAGAAACAAGUUAAGAGGAAAAGGAGUGAAGGAGGAGCAGAAAGAGAAGGAGCAGGAGGUGGAAGAGGAAGGGAGAUCACUAAGGAGAUCUGCGAGGAUUUGCAGAUCAUCUGCUUUGCCAAACUGCAGGCCGAGCUCGAAGGCGUCUGAGAGCCAAAGAAAGAAACCUGGAAGAAAAAAGGCAAAGCAGACCGGAACAAGGGAAGAUAAUAAUGAGGAGGAGGAGGAGGAGGAAGAAGAAGAGGAAGAAGAAGAUGAAGAGGACAAGGGCUCAGCUAUUAAAAAAGACAGAAAACUAGAACCUGUUGGUCAGAUUAAGAAACAGCGGGGUAAACGGAGACAUCGGCGCCCGAGGUGGUCGAACAUCCGUUUGAAGAGACGCAAACUGAAUGAGGAAGGGGAGGCGGAGGACAGAGGGGGGAAACAAGGGGAUGAGGAGAGUGAAGGAGGGAGUGACUCAGAGGACUCGUGUAAAUCACAGAAGAUUCCCAUUGAGGACGCCUGCAGUCAGUGCGGCCUGCCCAACCACCCUGAACUGAUCCUGCUGUGCGACUCUUGUGACAGUGGAUAUCACACAGCGUGUCUGCGGCCGCCGCUCAUGUUGAUCCCAGAUGGAGAGUGGUUCUGUCCCCCCUGCCAGCAUAAGCUGCUGUGUGAGAAACUGGAGGAGCAUCUGCUGAAUCUGGACAGCGCUCUGAAGAAAAGAGAGCGAGCAGAGAGGAGGAGGGAGCGCCUGGUUUAUGUGGGAAUCAGUGUGGAAAACAUCAUUCCUGCCGGAGACGAGGAGGAAGAGGAGAAGUCUCCAAAGAAGAAAGAUCCCAAAAAGAUCAAAAAUCUGGGGAGGAGAUCAACCAGAACCAGGAAGAACAUCAGCUACAGGUUUGAUGACUUUGAUGAUGCGAUUGACGAGGCUAUAGAGGAGGACAUAGGAGACAUCUGUAGUGGAGCAGGACGGGGGAGAGGAAUCACCGCUAUCCUGUCAGGGGACGGGAAGGAGAGCCAGCGGCCAAUGAGAAGCCCGGCUUAUUCUGCCAGGAACAGGAAGAAACGAAGACUGAACGACCUGGAGAGUGACAGCACGGCGGUAGAGAGUGAAGACGAGUUCAUGAUCAGCAACAGCUCGGACGAUGAGGAUUUCGGUGCGUCGGGGGCAGAGGAGGAAGAUGAAGAGGAAGAUGCGGGUAGCGAUGCAGGAAGCUUGGAAAGUGGGAACCGCCCCAGACGCGCGAUGAAAGGGGUUUCUAAACCCAAACUGAGCAGGCCCAGAGGCAGGGGCAGGAAGCGUCUGAGACGACGGCGGAGACGUUCCUCUGAGGAAGAGGAAGAAGAGAGUGAUGAAGAAAUGAACUCUGAUCAAAUCAGUGACAUGACUGACAGCGACGAUGACAAAAAGAGGCGGGGUCUCAGGCGAGGCCAACGCCAGCAAGUCAACUACAGAGAGACGUCCGAGUCGUCAGACAACUCUCGGACCUCCACCACCAGGGUCAAGGUCAAAUCCCGCGGCAGACCGCGCAAGGAGCAUCUCUCCAGCGACUACAGCGAUGUGUCGCCUUCCUCCAGAGAGUCUGACGAGGAGGAGGACGAUGAGGACGACGACGAAGACGACCAGAAAAGGAGAGUGAACAGGAGGAGAAGAGAGGAGAAAGACCUCAAGAGAAACCGGUCAAGAGAGAAGCGGAGGAGAUAUGAAGAGGACGACGAGGACGACAGGAAGAGAGGGAGCCGGCUGAAAAGGAAACUGCUGGAGAAGGAGAGGGACAGAGACAGGCGGCCGAGGCUAAAGAGGACAGACCGAGAGGAGGAGGACCAGGAGAAGAUGGGCAGGGGGAAGAGGAGAGAGAUCCUGUUGCAGCAGCGACGCAAACGGCUCGCUCAGAUGCUGAAGAAACGGCGGCCUUCUACGGACGAAGAGGACGACGACGACUCGGAGGAUUCGGAGUCGACGUCAGAAGAGGAUCGCCCGAUCCGCAAAAGACUCAACCGCAUCGACUCCGACGACGAUGACGAGGAGGAGGAGGAGGAGGAAGAGGAGGAGGAGGAGGAGAGGAGGCAGAAGAUGAAAAAGUCUUCAGCGGCGGAGAGGAGGGCGGAAAACAAAAACGACAGUGACACUCAGGAAAAGGAGAGGGCCCGCAGCCCGUCUCCGUCAAACGGACAUCGGACCUCCAGAGGCUCGGCCAAGCCUGAAGCUGGAGGUCCUGCUGAGCCCAGGGACAGUGCAGGAUCAGACAGGCAGGGCAGACACAACGGCCCCUCGCAUCCAGAGGGGGAGGAUGAAGAUGACGAUGAUGGUGUAGAGGAAGAGGAGGAGGAGGAGGAGGAGGAGGAGGAGGAGGAGGAGGAGGGGGGCCAGACAGACUCAUUAAACUCUGUCCAGAACAGUCCGCAGUCAUGAUGGCUGUGAUUGUGUGAGUAACACUUGCAUCUUUUGUUUUCUGUUCUUUUCUUUAACUGUCAGGCCUUUUAAAAACCCCCCGAACCUGUGGUCUCUCUCCUGCUCCCGUCUCUUGCUCUUCUUCCUCGCUGUUGUAUCGUGGCAGAGUUGCUCUCCACCGUCACAUUCUGUACAUCCAAAACACAAACUCAUGAUUGACAGCCGUCGUCACCAGAAUGGACCAAAAGCAAAUCGACGCGCCUGGACCGUCGGCUCUUCAUGUUUCAGUGGAUAUACUCUCACACAGCCGGAGUUUAUUCUGAUCGUUUCUUUCCUCUGGCGUCUCUCUGCUCGGCCCGUGUUGCUGGGUGGUGGUGGGUUCGUUGAGUGUGGGUCUGAUGGAGCUGGACACAGGAGUCUGUAUGUAGUGAACCUCAUAACAAAGCACUUCAUUAUUCAUUAUUAGCACUUAAAAACCCGCCAACCAUAGAGAGUGUCAGCGUCCAACUGGAACACUUUGUUACCCUGAUGUUUAGAGGGACUCUUACCUUUAAACUUCAGGACACCAGAAUGUGUUCAACAUCUGAUAAAAGAAACACUCACAGUCAUUGGUUAACACUUCUCAGUGCUGAGCAUUUACAGCCUUCCUCUCUCACAAGAGAAUUCACUUUUCGGUUUUAAAGUUUUAGUCGGACAAGAAGACAUCCGAUGGCAUCAUAUUUUAGAAAUUUGAGAAACUUGUAUUAUUAUUUUCAAGCCUUUAAUAGACGAGUGGUGUAGUUACCUGUUCUCUACUAAGUAAGCCCUGCGGUUACAAUACCGGGAUUAUUUUUUAGGACAAAUUUAGGAGAGGCAGGAAAUGCGGAGAGAGAGAUUAGGGGUAUGACAUGCACCACACAGGGUCAGGAGUAGUACCUGUGGGACGCUGUACAUGGGACGCCCGCUCUGAGCUAAACUGGUGCCCCUGAUAUCAGAAUUUUAAACUCACAUAUUAAACAAGUAAAAAUCAAAUGAUAUCGAUACCUGUUUUAGUACCACGUCAACAAAUAUCGACGUCCUGGGCCCUGAACGUUGGGUCAUUUCUUGUUUUUAUUUUCCAAACUUUGCAGUGCAAACUCCUGCACACUGUCUAAAAUGCACAAACUCAUCAGAAACAUUGCAGUGUUUCCUCCUCUGCUUUCUGUCGGUUUGUAGGAGACAUAAACGUAACUUCUGCGUCGAUAUGAGACGCCUCAAAGUCUCGAGAAACGUCAGUGUUUGCAGAUUUGUUGACUGAAGAUCUGUAGUUUUUUUUAACUUUUCGAUCCUAUCGAUCAUUAAAACAACAUUUUGUAUCAUGCAAAACAUUUGGUUUAAACAGGCGAGUUUUAAAACGCUGCACAGUUGAUUCAGCACCCGGGUUCCUCUCGUUCAGGAUGUUUUGUAGCAGUUGAGUUUUGUUCCUCUAAUCGAGCGUUCAGCAGUUAUUUAUACCGAGUUUUACAGUGACCUACAUGGGGACGAUACGUAGCUCCAGCUGUCUCAGGAUGUCAUCAAAGUUCAAUUAUCUAAAGCAACAUCUUCACAACAUUUAACCUUUAGAAUGAUCCUCUUUAAUUUGAAAUAAGUAACGUUCAAAGUGUUCGGUUUCAGACAGCUGACACUCCUCUGUGUAGGCGGGACCAUGUCUGCUGUACAUACUCUGCCUGUACGCUGUUCCUUGUAAGAUAAUAGAUGUUCUGUUCUUAGUCCUCUUGUAAAAUAUAGUGUUAUAUUUUCUAUAUGAAGGAGAAGAGGAGAGAUGCUGCUGUGAGUGAUGUGUGGAGGUUUCAAACUGCGAGUUUUAUCAACGGUUUGCUUGUUUUUCUCUGAAACUCUGCGGCCUUGAUCCGUGUGAUAUAAGACCAGCAAGGAGCCCGUUCACCAGUUUAAAAAAAAGUCACAAAGAGUCGAGUUCUGCUCACGUUCAGCCCCAUGUCCUACACGUUUUAAAGGUUGUUCACUAUUCAUGCCCUUGUAUGGGACCCCAGGAGUUUUUAAGAAGGACACAAGCUUUUAGAUUUGACAACAACAUUUUUGUUUUCUCUACUGGAGUGAAUCUGUCUCAUGUGUGACAGGAGAACUCAUGUCAUUUCUUGUUAUAAAUGAUCAAAAAUUGCAAGUAAUCUCCUGCACACUGUCCAAAUUACACAACUACUUGAUGUGUUUGUCCAUUUCAGACAGUGGUCAGAAGGUUACUUGUACUCCUCCACACCUGUCUGAUGAUAAAGAUGCAUUUUUUCCCCAGCGACUUUUUCGAUAAUAUUGAUCAUUAAAAUUAAAAUAACCGAGUUUGUGACAUUUAAAAACUCCUGGUAUCAAAGUCUGGAAAAGUUAAUCCACCUCACAGUCGAAUCACUGCUUCAGGCUUUGAAUGAGUUUUAUCCUGCUGUUCAUGAACACUGUGCUGUUAACGGGAAGAGCUUGGACUUGUCAGAACUCUUAUCAUGUAUCAGGAACAUUUCUCCGACCUACAGCGAGGUGUGAGAAUAACUUUCAAGUGAUCACAUCAAAUAAACGUCAAACAUCAAAAUGAAGAUGUACAUAGAGAGAAACUCUCACAGAAGAAGGAUGUUUAUUUUUUCUACUUUUAUUCCAUUUAAAAAAAAAAAAAAAAUUGACAAACUUUUAGUGAGUCAGACACUUUGUUAUUGUCGUCUGUAUGUAUCGAUCUCAUCGCGUUGAGUAUCGAUGUAUAAACUGUAAAUGAUCAACGACACAUAGAGACUUUCUGUAGCCUAGAUUAAUUAGACCCCGCUCUGAAACAAAAGUCGUUUGAUAGAAACCUUUAUAAUCACUCUGAAGAUACUUCUGUAACGAUAGAAAAACAAAAAAAGAAAGCCGGUUGUAGUUUGGUAUCAGAUCAUUUCAGUUCUUUUACAUUUAACUUUGGAGGAAAGUCAUCAGAACUCGAUACCGGCUCUGCUCUCUUGCAGCCACACAAAUGUGGGUUUGUGGCGUUAACUGAAACUGGCGGGAUUUCACCGCUAGCUUGGCGCUCUUUCAGGUACUUUCCUUCAACUGUUAAAGGUGUGGUGGACGUUCAUAACAAGAAGAACACCACUACAUAGACAAUGAAGUCUCAUCAGCUGGAAAAUCCCUGAAGUGCAGAACUGCAAGGCCGACAUUUAGAUCAUCAAAGAUUCAUUUAUGACCUUAACUAAACUCCCCAAACACCUAACCACUGAAGUUUGCACUACCCUCCGUGGACUCUCACUCAGAUUUACACUGUUUUACUGUCACGUACUCAGUUUUUUUUUGCCCAGAUUUUGCUCAGAUCCUGCUGAGCGUUAACAUCAAGGAUGGCAAAAAGCCUCUUCUAAAACUUAAAGGUGAGAUAAACCGCCCCCCUUCUGUUUUAUCAGCGGGGGGGGGGGGGAUUCAUGUGUGUUUAUACCACCAGCCUGAAAGCAUUCCACUGAACUUUAUGUGCGUCUAUCUUUGCAGAUUCUGUUGGUUUAUAAAUGUUCAGACCAACUUACUUGGAUUCAAACAGGCACCCCAGGAUGUGAGUGUGGCUCCUCCCAUUUCUCUGUUGUAUUGUUACUGUAGUAUCGCUGUAACAUAAAUGUUUUCUAAGUUAUUAAAACCAACAUCCCAGGCAUCUCUUCAAAAAAAACAAAAAAAAAAACACUGUGUCUGUGCCUUUUUUAAUGAUUACGUCACAGCAAAAUGAUUCAAACCCUGAAAGUGACUCAGAUCAGGGAAGUUGAUUAACAUGCUGAAGAGGUCUGAGAAGUUUCUAUGGAUGUUUUCGACUUUUUUUUUUUCUACUAUGAAAAUGUGUCACAGUUUAAAGUCAAAUGUAACCACAACGACUCCCAGCUGAACACAACCUCUGUUACUGUAAGCUGCUGCUUCACUGUGUGGAGGAAAAUUAAAGAUAACCUACGUUCACCUUUUCAGUCAACAGGUCUUAAGGCUUAGAAUAGCUAUAUUCAAUUUUAAUAUUUACAUAUAAUGUAAACAGAUUAUGGUUUGAGUAUGAUUAAAGUGUCUCUAAAUAUAUAGGCCUAAAUAUACAGGCCUAAUGUUAUUAAUAUUAUGUGCUUGAUUGUUUAGUAUUCACAAAUGUUUAUUAAUUCCUCUUUUCAAUUAACAUCCUGAUCUAGAUGUUGUUUUUUUGUUUUUUUUACAUAUCCCCAAACUUGUCUUUUUUUAUUUGUAAUUUCUAGAGUAGUUUUAUUUUUGUUUUGUUUUUUAAAAUGUGUGGAUUUUAAAAAAAUAUAUUUAAUGAAGUUUCCACGAAAAUCUCUGUAUAAGAAUAUCUGCCUCACUAGGAGUAGCCGCGUGUACACCGCCCUCCAGUGGACAAGGUAUGUAAUGACAUUUCAAAUGUAAUUAUUUUUUUAUUUUCUGGUCACAUUAAAUUUUCUUUGGAUGUAA